UACGUACACGAUCUCUUUAUUAUCUUAUCGCCUGUGAUUUGUGCUUUUCCAAUAAUGGAUUUAAAUGAAACACUAUUGCCUUUGGCAGGAAUCAUUGUUGCUACCGUUAUGUUAGGUGUUUCUCUAAAAUUAAAACAGAAGAAAUCAAUAAAGAAGAGGAAUCCACCCAGAAAAUGGUUCUCAAGAAGGGAAUCACAGGGUUUGGGAAUUUUAAAAAUGGUGAAUGAGGAAUUUACAUUGGAAGAUGCUGAUUCAUUUAAAAAUUUCUUUAGAAUGAGCAAAGAAAAAUUCGAUUUUCUAUUGAAUUUAAUCGAAAAAGAUAUAGAAAGAGCUGAAUUGCCAAUGCAAAACACAAUAUCAGCAAAACAUGGGUUAGAAAUAACAUUACGAUUCCUGGCUACCGGUGAGUCUUUUCGUUCACUGAUGUUCAGUACCAGGGUUCAUGAGAGCAGUAUAUCUCGAUUUGUACCCGAGGUGUGUAGGGCAAUACACAAACAGUUGAGAAUCAACCAUUUGGAGAUGCCCUCGACUACAGAAGAGUGGAUGUGGAUAUCUGAAGGCUUCAACAAUCUAUGGCAAUUUCCCCAUUGCUUAGGAGCUUUAGAUGGAAGACAUAUAACAUUUAGAGCUCCAAAAUCAGAAGGCUCCUAUUACCAUAAUUAUAAAGGAAGUGAUAGCAUUGUCCUUCUUGCCUUGGUUGAUGCUCGCUAUAGAUUUAUAUACGUAAACUUAGGUUGCAAUGGCCGCAUCAGUGAUGGUGGUGUUUUCCGGAACUCAAAGCUAUCAGAAAUAUUACAAAAAAAUUCUGCCAACCUCCCAAAAGAUCAAGCAUUGCCAGGAAGAUCAAAAGCAAUACCUUUUGUCGUUGUUGCUGAUGAUGCAUUUCCUUCAAAAACUAAUUUGAUGAAGCCUUUUCCUAUGAGAGGUUUGAGUCUGCAACAUAGAAGAUUCAAUUAUAGACUUUCAAGAGCACGUAGGGUGGUGGAAAAUGCCUUUGGAAUUUUAGCAAACCGGUUCAGAGUUCUUCUCAAUCCAAUAAGUUUGAACGUUGAAAAGGUUGAAGCGAUUUGUUUGGCUUGUGUUUGUUUCCACAAUUAUUUACUUGAAGACAUUCUUACUGAAAAUCGAGGUUGUGGUGACAUCACAGACAUUCCCAGAAUAGGUAAUCAGGCUGGCAAUAGAUCCUCGUCAGAUGCUAGAGCUGUGAGAGAAGAGCUCAGCGAAUAUUUCUCUGCACCAGAAGGACAAGUCGACUGGCAAGAUGAACAAAUCAAAAGUUUUAACUCAUGAGCAAUAGAAAAAGAACAGUUAAUGAGUCAUGUUUUGACAUUAUGUGAAUAAAGAUUGUUAUGUUUUGUGAUUUAUGAAUUGAGUAAAUGAAAACAGUUAUUAUCUUU